AUGGCGAUGGACCCGCGGCACCCGAGCGCCACCUCGCAGGAGCUGAGGGUCAAAGAGGAGGUGGAGGAGGUGGAGGAGGAGACGUCACCAGCGGUGGACUUCGCACGCAGUGACCCUGGUGCGGGUGACGGAGGAGAGGUUGGCAUGGGGGGGGGGGGGGAGGAGGGGGCGGGUCUCCCUCCAAGCACGGCCGAGGUGGAGGUGGAGCUGCGGGAGAGCGACGCCGGCGGUGACGACGACGAAGACGACGAUGGGGGACAAGCGAGCAGCGAGUGGCCACAGCAGCGGACGAGGAGGAGAAGGUGGAGGCGGAGGCCCCUGCGUGUGAGCGAAGGUGGAGGGGGCGACGACGAGGAGGAGGAGGAGGAGCACGUGGAGGAGGAGGAGUCUCCACACACCUGCGUGCACUGCGGGGAGGCCUUCCUCAUGCUCUUCAGCCUCAAGGUGCACCUGCGCACACACCUGAGCGACCACCCGCACACGUGCGCCGACUGCGGGCGCUCCUUCUCCCAUCCGUCCACGCUGCUCAAGCACCGCAGCGCGCACACCGGCGAGCGUCCCUUCGCCUGCACGGACUGCGGCCGCGCCUUCUCCCGCGGCUACGGCCUCAAGCUGCACCGCCUGUCGCACGCCGGCGCCCUGCCGCACCCGUGCGCCGAGUGCGGCCGCGCCUUCGCCGAACUCGCCGCCCUGCGCAAGCACCAGCGGCGGCACGCCGCCGCGGCCGCCGACGCCGACGGCCGCCGCCGCCGGCCUCACGCCUGCCGGGCGUGCGACCGCACCUUCGCGCAGGCGCCGGCGCUGGAGCGGCACGAGCGCAGCGCCCACCCGCCCGGCGGGAGGCCCCACGCUUGCGCCGAGUGCGGCGAGGAGUUCUCGCGGGCCGAGGCUCUGCGGGCCCACCGAGGCGCGGCCCACGCGGCCCAGCGGCCCUUCGUGUGCGAGCGUUGCGGCGACGGCUUCAUGCGCCUGGCCACGCUGGACAAGCACCGGCGCACGCACACAGGCGAGCGUCCGCACGCCUGCGAGCAGUGCGGCCGCUCCUUCUCGCAGCUGUGCAACCUGCGCGAGCACUGGAGGACGCACACCGGGGAGCGGCCCCACGCCUGCCCCGAGUGCGGCAAGGGCUUCUCCAAGCUCUCCAACCUCAAGGUCCACCUGCGCACGCACACGCACGAGCGCCCGCACGUCUGCGAGCGCUGCGGCCGAGCGUUCACCCUCAUGUCCACGCUGCGCAAGCACGAGCGCACGCACACGGGGGAGCGGCCGCACGCCUGCGCCGACUGCGGCCGCGCCUUCGCCCAGCUCUCCAACCUGCGCGCCCACGAGCGUCGGCACGCCGCUGCCUCCGCCGCCGCCUCCGCCGGCGGAGCCACGGCCGUCAUCCACGAGCGCCGUCACGAGUGCGGGGAGUGCGGCCGCUCCUUCGCGCAGGCCGCCACGCUGCACAGGCACCGACUCACGCACGCCGCCCGUGCCCACGACGACGACGAGGCCGCGCCCGCCGGUGACGGCGCCGCCGACACGGAGCCCGCCACCGUGCCGGUGACGGCGGCGGUGGCGGUGGCGGCAACGACGGUGGAGUCGCCGCCGUGA